AUGUCCGCCGACGAAACAACCUCCACCCCAGCGCCGACUCACGAGCCUCCAUCCCUCCCUGCCUCUCCGCUCCCCAAACGCACAAAAACCCUCUCUAACCCCACCCCUCUCGCACGCGCCCCACCCACCGACUCCGGCAGCGCAACACCCACGCCCUUCGCCAUGUCCCUCGAGCACAAUCCCACGCACCCAAUUGGGUCUUUGCAGCCCCCUGCGCCCAUCGCACCUAGCGUAGCAGCGGCCGCGGGAGCGGAGCAGGCGCUGCAGGUGCAGUUGCUGAGCGAGAAGGCGACGGCGCCGACGAAGGGGAGUGCGUAUGCGGCGGGGCAUGAUUUGUAUAGUGCGCGGGAGGUGGUGAUUCCCGCGAGGGGGAGGACGAGGGUCGAUACAGAUAUUUCCAUUGCGGUGCCGGCGGGAACAUAUGGGCGUGUAGCCCCUCGCUCUGGUCUCGCAGCCAAACAUGGAAUCGACACCAUGGCGGGCGUUAUUGACGCUGAUUAUCGCGGUCAGGUCGGCGUUAUACUGGCGAAUCUUUCGGAUGAGGACUUCCAGGUCAAGGUUGGGGACCGGAUUGCGCAGCUCAUUGUCGAGAAGAUCGCUAUGCCAGAAGUGGUAGUAGUUGAGAAACUCGAGGAGAGCGUGCGCGGUGCAGGUGGCUUUGGCAGCACCGGAGGCUUUGGCAUUACCGCAACGGUCAAUGGCGUUUAG